GUGGAGGAGACGCGUCAUUCCCAGGAACCGGUGGACUUCCUUUCUCUGCUUGUCUGGGUCAUCCUGUCUGCCCUCCGCUGGCCCCAGGCUCGCUCUCCGGCCCCAGCCCUCUCUCACUCUCUCUCUCAGCAGCUGUCUCUCUGGUGCCCGCUGGCCUGUCUCUCUCCUUCCCCGCAGUCGCCUCCUUCUCCGCCUGCCUGGGUGGCCGCCAUGGGCCGGAAGCGGCUCAUCACUGACUCCUACCCUGUAGUGAAGAGGAGGGAGGGCCCCGCUGCGCACUGCAAGGGGGAGCUGGCACCAGAGCUAGGGGAGGAGGCCCAGCCCCUGAGCGUGGAUGUGAGCGUGGAUGAAGCGGAGCUGGAGCUGCUGAGGCAGUUUGACCUGGCCUGGCAGUAUGGGCCCUGCACAGGGAUCACACGGCUGCAGCGUUGGCAUCGGGCAAAGCAGAUGGGCUUGGAGCCUCCCCCAGAAGUGCGUCAGGUGCUGCAGACCCACCCCGGAGAUCCCCGCGUCCAAUGCAGCCUCUGGCAUCUCUAUCCCCUUUGAGCCACCACCUAACACCUCCUGCCCGCUCCCCGAGAACCUCAGGACACAAAUGAGAGCCAGUUGCUGCCCCUCAGCUCAGCUCUGCUGUGGAGAAUGUUUGGCAGCAAAGAGUCUCACAGGGAAUGAAAGAGGCUGAAUCUGGAGGUCUCCACGGCUCAGCCCUCCAUCUGACCAGCAGGCUCCCAGAGCCACGUCUGAGAGCUGAUGCAGCUGAAGCUGAGCACCUCCUACAUGGAGAGUGGUCUGUGAGGACAAAGACUGGGCCAUGACCCUUCCGAUGCCAGCCACUGUGGUCCUGGGGAUGGUGUGGCAAAUAAGGCACAGCCUUGGGCAGAGCCAGACUCAGGCAGCUGAUCUAAGAGGGAAAGAUGCACUCCCCACCUGAGACUGGGAAUCUGAGGGCAGAACUGGCUGAGCUCACAGGGCAAGGGGUUCACUGAUGCUUAUGAAUAAAGAACACUGAGCCUGGAAGCCUGACCUCCAGUCCCUUAAUGUGGCCCUGCCUGGCCUGGUAGCACCCAGCAAGUUGCUAGAUGGGAUAGAGUCAGCACCAAACUUUCCUGCAAGGUGCAAGUGCCUCUUCCGCUGCCUAACCCUAGACCUGAGAGGGAGGACAGACUUUAAAAGACCAACGGUCGAGGCCUCACAGGAGCUGAGCAACCUCUGGCACCCCCUGGUGGUGCAGAGGGAAACGACUCUUUAGUCACCUUCACUGACCAGCCAGGGAAAACCUACCAAACUAGUCUGCCCAGUGUUGCCCACCUCACAAAAAUAGGUCCUUUGUCAGAGGAGGAUCCAUGGGGCCAUUGCUCAUAAAGCCCAGACAAACCUACACAUUCCCAGCAAGUAUCUCUGCUUCCCACACGGGGGGCCACGUGGAUGCAAAGCAGGGUUGGGGGAAGGUUUCAACCUGCAGGAUCUGCUCAGAGAGGGCCAUCAUCUGAGGGGCUUUGGCAGGGAACUGGGUGGUGCUGGGGAUGGAGGAGAACUGGCUGGAGCCAGAAACAAUGCUUAGGGGACCUGGGACCGUAUGACAUGGAGAAUGGAAUCCAUACUCCUUAUGUGGUGUUACCUUCAUUUGACGGACCAGCCCUCUAUCCUGGGGCAGAUAGAGACAGCACUCUUAACUCCUUGAAAACAGACCUAGAGAGUGGCCAAGUGGCCUUUUUAGCCCCCAUUUUAUUGACCACUGAUCAUGAUUCGAGUACUUUAAAUGUAUUAUCUCUAAACUUCCUAAAAAGCCUGCGAGGCAGACUUCACAGAGAGGGAGGCUGAAGCCUGGAAAGGCUGUGCAGAGUUGCCCAGACGCACCAGUGGGGAGGCGGUGGCACAGAGACCAGGGCUCUUUCCAUCUAUACCAUGCCCCUGCCCGCCUGCCGAGCAGCCGCUGUGUGCCGGGCUCUGGAGGCCCUCCUGGGUGGUGUUAGUGGUGACGAGAUGGACAAAAACAAACACGCAAAUGUUACAUCAGGUGGCGGUCAGUGGUAGGCAACACCUCUAGGUGGUUAGAGGCAGAGAAUGCCAAGGGUGCUAGAGAAGCUGCUCAGGGAAGGCCCUCUGACGGCGGCGUUUGAGCAGAAGCCUGAAGGAAGCACGCGAGCGAAACUUGGACGUCCAUGAGUGCUCCAGACAGAAGGAACAGAAAGCACACUCCCCAAGCCGGAGUGUUUCCAGCCUUAUCAAGGAACAGCCUGGAGGACAGUGCGGCCGGGGCAGAGGGAGUGAGGGGAGCGUGGCGGGAAAUGAGUCCAAAGAGGAGGCAGGUCAGGCCCACGUGGCCUUGUAGGCCAGGAUAAGGAAUCUGGAUUUUAUGCUGAGAGAGAGGAAGACACUGGUGGUGCCAAUAAAUGACAUAAUCAAACUUGUGUUUUGAAAACAUUACUCUGACUGUUGGUGGAGACCAGAUUGUGGGGUUGGGGGAAGAAGAGGCAGCAAAACCACUCAGGAGGCUACUGGGGUCGGUCUCGGGAGAGGUGAUGGUGAUUUGGACCAGGGUGGGGAGAUGGACGUGGUAAGAAGUGGCCAGAUUCUUUCUAGUCUUUCUUUGAAGGGAGAACUGACAGGACUUGCUGAUCAGCUGGCUGUGGGGUUUAAGAGAGAGGAAGAGGCUAAGGAUAACUCCCAAGGUUUUAGCUU